CCUCUAAUGCUGUGAAUUUAUCCGUAUCAAAAGAGUUAAAAUUGCUUCGUUUGAUAUUUUACGACACUAAGGAGUGGACUCAAUGGACAGGCUUACUUUGUCCAAAAUAGAUGAGGAGCUGGAGUCAUCAGAGGUAGCUGCCCUGCGCUUUUUGUGCCGAGAUGUUGUCAAUAGAAAACGUCUGGAAAAUGUCACGGAUGCUAAGGGUCUUUUUUCGAGACUCGAAGAAAAGGGUCUCCUGGAAAAUUAUGCUUUCCUUUCUCAACUGCUCCAAACUAUUGGCCGAAAUGAUCUUGUCAACAUGCUAAGGCCAGGCUACAGUCAGUUAACAGAGACUGAUGCAAAUCCUAUGCUGUCAGAUUACAGAGUAAUGCUGUAUCAAAUACACGAGGACAUUACUACAGCCAACCUUGACAAGAUGAAGUUUUUAUUGGAAGACAAGUUGGGCAGACGACAAGCAGAUAUGUGUGAUACAGCCUUGGAUGUGUUUGCUGAAAUGGAAAAGAAAGGCCUUCUGUCAAACACAAACUUGCAUGAGCUUUUAGAUGUUCUACGUGAAUUCGAUCUCCCGCUAGCAGAGAUUGUCCAGACAUAUAUGGAGAGACUACAAUCACGUCCUCAGUUGAUGCCAACCUCACAUUUCAACAUGAAUAACCAGAACACUUUACCUCAAAGAAUACAACCUAGUCUGUCAGUAUCGGAGACCCAACCAAACUCUGGCACUGGCAAUUGUGUUUUCGCUGACUCUGAUACAACAAACCGCUUCUCUUCAAUUGAUGAAACAGAGUACUACCUUUUCAAUCAUAAUCCCCGUGGUUUGUGUGUGAUCAUCAAUAAUGAGAGCUUUCGUCUUCUGAAAAAAAGAGCUGGAACUCAUGAGGAUGCAAGAACUCUCCAUGAAACGUUUACUUCUCUUGGUUUCAAUGUUGAGAUUCACCAAGACCUAACUAGUGCUCAAAUUAAGGACCUAUUAAGAUCAAAGGGCAGCAGGAACUUCCAUAAUGAUGACGCCUUGGUGGUGUGUGUGCUGUCUCAUGGAGAAUAUGGCUGCAUAUUUGGCACAGAUGAAAUAAAGGUUUUCAUUCGAGAACUGACGCAGCCCUUCACUAGCCUCCAAGCACCUACUCUGGCAGGAAAGCCAAAGCUGUUUUUCAUUCAAGCUUGUCAGGGGAGCAGCUAUCAAAAAGGAUCUCUGCCCUUUGUCCCAAAGAAAGAGGACAUCACAGAACCAAAAACCUUGGAGGCGGAUGCAGGUCCAGUGCAAGGAGAGACGGUGCCUGAUGAUGCAGACUUUUUGCUUGGGAUGUCCACUGUCCCAGAGUACAGGUCCUUCAGAAGCAUCACCACAGGAUCGAUUUACAUCCAGGAACUAUGCAAGCAACUCAACACAUCUGCAAAGAGUGUGGAGAUGGAUGAUAUUCUCUCUAUUUUAACAAGAGUAAACCGUAACGUCAGCAAAGGGGUGUAUAUGAAUUAUAAACAAAUGCCAGAGCCCAAAUACACUCUCACAAAGAAAGUAGUUCUCAAGUAUGUGUGAGGAAAAGUGUGACCAGCUUCAAGAAAUCAUUACACUUUGACCCACAUAAAAGAAGUCCAUUAUGUAUUUUAUGUCGUGUUUCUUUGUUUUUCAACCUAAUAAAAGGCUGUAUGGUGUAA